GAUUUUGGCUUAAAGUGGCUUUAAGAAACAAAAUGAAAUCUUUUUCAUAAGUCUACUAAUUAUUGCAUGUAAAGAAAGUAAAAAUGUUUUCUUCUGUUUUCUUUGCGUUUUCUGCAAUACUUUUUCUCUUUGAACCACGUGUCUCCAUGGCAACUGAACCCGUUUGUUCAAAGUUUUCGUACGAAGAAAAACUCCUUGAGAAAAUGAUACGCACAGAGAUUAAAGUAGAAACAAUGCAGAACGAAAUAAAGAAAACGGAAGAAACUGUCUUACAUACUCUUGUAAACAUUGAGAAAACAGCUACUGAGAAUCAAAAUAAGUUUGAGGACUUAAGAAAUAAUAUAACGGGAGAGAUUGUGACGAAAUUUGAGGAAUUACAGAAGAAAGAAGAAAAUUUUGAAAUCAAAUUUGAAGAGCUGAAAAACAACUUCAAGACAGAAAUGAAGAACGAAAUAAACAUCCUGGCUGAAACUAAAAAAAAGUUACUACAGCCGACUGUCGCAUUCCAUGCUCACAAUGUCAAAGAUUUGAUUCUUGACCGUACGCACGAGAUCCUUGUAUUUGAAAGCGUGAUAACAAACGAGGGAUCCGGAUAUAACAAUUCCACGGGAGUCUUCACAGCUUCUAUUGAAGGCGUGUAUCUGUUUACUGUCCAUGUAUGUGCUUAUAAUGGAAAAUAUUCAACUAUUGGACUUGUCUUGGACGGUACAUUUGUUGCAAAAUCGAUAAAUUACAAUAGUCAUUCAUAUAGUUGUGGAUCGGUAUCAGCCAUUGUUAAACUUGAAACCGAGAGACAGGUCUGGGUGGCAUGUACAAGUGGACAUACCAAUCGUCACGUAUUACAUGUAGAAAAUGUCUAUAUCAUGAACUCGUUCAGUGGAGUUCUUAUAAGUAAAUAGAAAUCGAAACAUUUUUAAAGAAGUUGAUAAGAAAAUAUUUAUGCAUAUUAAGAUUUUUAAAGAAGUUGAUAAGAAAAUAUUUAUGCAUAUUAAGACUUCCUAUUUGUGAUAAAGUAUUCAAGUCUAUAAAAUGUUCAUUUCCAGCACAAAACAGGCAAUUAUACCCAGCAAGUGCUUAGUUUUCACUCCGCAUAAUAUAUAUAAUUAGAUGCUGCAAAAUUAUCUAUAAAAACCAAAGGUGACGAGGUUUGACGAGUGUUGUUUUUUAAAGUCUCAAUUUUGAAAUUAAAAUAAACCUUUUUAUCGGCGUUAUCAUAUGUAUAAUACGAUUGAGUUAUUGUGACUGAAAAUCUGUAAAACAUGUUAACAGAACUAUUUGCUUAUCAUCACGUUAAAUGUUUAGAACAUGUCUUUUCUUAAACUUUUAUUUUGAACUGAUUGUCGUAUAUCUACCGAAUAGAAAUUUUUACAAAUCUGUUACAUUAUAAACAGCAAUUAUAUUUUGUCAUUACUUUCUUUAUCGUUUCAUUUUAUAUAGCUCUUUUCUACUUCUACUUUAUAAUAGUUUAUUCAAUUCAAAAUUCAUGUGUAAAAAUAUAUUAUUUUAACUGUAAUUUGGACAUGGAAUGCCGAAUGUUAAACUUAAUGAACCAAAAAUUUGCGUUCGUAAAUAAAAACAUACAAUAGAAAUCUAAGUCUUUCUUUACAGGGGUCUUUCAAAUAGAGUAGUUUCCAAUUGAAAAGCCCAGUAAAUACUGAGUUCGAAAUUAAACAUUAAGACGACAUUCGACAUGACAAAUUGACGUGUGCCUUUAGCACGAUAUUCUAGGUAACAUUAGAACGUGAGAAAUUGAUUACAUUUGUAUGCAAAGAUUAUUUAUUAUUAUUUGAUCAACUGUAAACCAACUCGAGUAUCUUAUCAAUAAUUUUUGCAAGGCUUUAGACGAUGACCUGGAGGUGAGGGUCGUAUUGUUUGAUAUAAGUAAAAGCAUUUGAUGAAGUUUGGCACCAAGGUUUUUUAGUGAAGCUUCAUGUCUCUGGAAUUCUGUGUUACAUUUGCAUCUAGAGUCCCUAAGGAUCAAUUCUCUUCUAUUUCUUGUAUAUAUCAACGAUAUUGUUCAAGAUAUUGGUUUCAACAUCAAUCUUUUUGCAUAUGACACUAGUCUCCAUCUGAUAGUCGCAACACCUACUGACACACAUGAUACCAUACAGACUGACAUACAAAAGAUUUGUUUUUGGGGAGAUACAUGGCUAGUUCAUUUUAAUGAUCAUCUCAAGAAGAAUUAAUAAAGUACAUCACACACCUUUCUCCAUGUAUUGCCAACAAAGCCCUCAAGUUUCUGACUACAAACAUCUAGGGGUGUUUUUUUUCUGACGAUGUCUCUUGGCAUUCCCAUAUCAAUUAUAUAAAAGAAAAGACAUAGGAAUAGAAAUAGAAUAAACAUGGUGCGUAAACUUAAAUUCAAACUAGACCGCAGGCUUUAGAAAUCACAUAUACAGCCUUCAUUCGUCCUAUUAUUGAAUAUGCUGAUGUAAUGUUGGGAGAAUUGUACAUCCUACGACAAACAAGAAUUAGACAAAAUUCAAAAUAAAGCAGCACGAAUUGUGACGGGUGCAACAAAGCUGGUAUCGUUAGCUGUCUUAUACAAUGAUGUAAAUUGGGAAUCACUUUCUGAUAUUAGAAGGAAGCAUAAGCUUAUUUAACUUUAUAAAAUGAAAAAUUGUCUCACCCAACCCUGCCUAUCAUCUAUUGUACCAGAUCUUGUUGGUCUGAACACUACAUAUAACUUACGUAAUUCUCUGAAUACUGAUAAAAUUCGUACAAGAACUUUUCUAUACUAUAACUCCUUUCUACCAACGGCACUUCGUGAAUGAAAUUUCUACCGAUUAAAACCCGUUAGCUACAGUCAUUAAAUUCUUUCAAAAGCUCUUUGAACGUAGACAAAAUUAAAACUACCCGACACUUCUAUUAUGGAGAUAGACGGUCACAAAUUCUUCAUACAAGACUUAGAACGAAAUGCAGCUCUCUUAAUUAAAAAACAUAGUAUCAUCUCCAUAAUGUAGUUGUGGCCUAAUUGAAGACAACCAUCACCUUUUCUUUAUUUGCGAGCAUUAUUGCACUUUUUCAAACUUUGACUCCAAGAUGUUCCAUUGAUCUUCGAAUCUUUGUAUAUGCAGAUCCGUCAAAAGGUUAUCAAACAAAUACAUGUAUAUAAUAUACAUAUAAUAUUUUUCUGGUUAGCUUGAAAUAGUUAUUUUCUAGACUACUGCUAAAUUUGCUUUAAGUGUCAGUUUAAAUAUAAAAAUACUGUCUUAUUUUUUGUCUGUUUUUCCUUUGCUUA